CGCGGGCGAAGGGGAGGGGUGUUUUGGUUCCAGCCGCUCGCCGUCCUUUCCAGACUCCGUCGUCGUAAAGCUUCGGGUUCCUGCCUCCCCUUCCCCUUUCCCUUCCCUUUCCCGGCCCCAGUCCUCCUUCCCUCCUUCCCUUCUGCUUACCUCCCUUGUUUUCUACUGCCGCCCGGGGUCCGGGCCAUUUUCCGGGCCGAGCGCGCUAAGGUGCGCGGCCCCGGGGCCCAGUAUAUGACCCGCCUUCUUGCUCCCCCACGCUUCCCCCGCCCCAUGUGGCUGCGGGGCCGCGGCGGCGCUGCCCACUAUGGCCCGGAAAGCAGUUAGCAGGAAGCGGAAAGCGCCCGCCUCGCCGGGAGCUGGGAGCGAUGCUCAGGGCCCACAGUUUGGCUGGGAUCACUCACUUCACAAAAGGAAAAGACUCCCCCCAGUGAAGAGAUCCUUAGUGUACUACCUGAAGAACCGAGAAGUCAGGCUACAGAAUGAAACCAACUACUCUCGAGUGUUGCAUGGUUAUGCAGCACAGCAACUUCCCAGUCUCCUGAAGGAGAGAGAGUUUCACCUUGGGACCCUCAAUAAAGUGUUUGCAUCUCAGUGGCUAAAUCAUAGGCAAGUGGUGUGUGGCACAAAAUGCAACACGCUGUUUGUAGUGGAUGUCCAGACAAGCCAGAUCACCAAGAUUCCCAUUUUGAAGGACCGAGAGCCUGGAGGUGUGACACAGCAGGGCUGUGGUAUCCAUGCUAUUGAGCUGAAUCCCUCUAGAACACUGUUAGCCACUGGAGGAGACAACCCCAACAGUCUUGCUAUCUACCGGCUGCCUACACUAGAUCCUGUGUGUGUGGGAGAUGAUGGACACAAGGACUGGAUUUUUUCCAUUGCAUGGAUCAGUGACACUAUGGCAGUGUCUGGCUCCCGUGAUGGUUCUAUGGGACUCUGGGAGGUGACAGACGAUGUGUUGACCAAAAGUGAUGCAAGGCACAAUGUGUCACGGGUCCCUGUAUAUGCUCACAUCACUCACAAGGCUUUAAAGGACAUCCCCAAGGAGGACACAAAUCCUGAUAACUGCAAGGUCCGGGCUCUGGCCUUCAACAACAAGAACAAGGAAUUGGGAGCAGUGUCUCUGGAUGGCUACUUUCAUCUCUGGAAGGCUGAAAAUACACUGUCUAAGCUCCUCUCCACCAAACUGCCAUAUUGCCGUGAGAAUGUGUGCCUGGCUUAUGGUAGUGAAUGGUCAGUGUACGCAGUGGGCUCCCAAGCUCAUGUCUCCUUCUUGGAUCCACGGCAGCCAUCGUACAAUGUCAAGUCCGUCUGCUCCAGGGAGCGAGGCAGUGGGAUCCGGUCAGUGAGCUUCUAUGAGCACAUCAUCACUGUGGGCACAGGGCAGGGCUCCCUGCUGUUCUAUGACAUCCGAGCUCAGAGAUUCCUGGAAGAGAGGCUCUCAGCUUGUUAUGGGUCCAAGCCCAGGCUAGCAGGGGAGAAUCUGAAACUAACCACUGGCAAAGGCUGGCUGAAUCAUGAUGAAACCUGGAGGAAUUACUUUUCGGACAUUGAUUUCUUCCCUAAUGCUGUUUACACCCACUGCUACGACUCGUCCGGGACGAAACUCUUUGUGGCAGGAGGUCCCCUCCCUUCAGGGCUCCAUGGAAACUAUGCUGGGCUCUGGAGUUAAUGACAACUAACUCUCUUCCAAAAUGCAGAGAUUUACACUAA